GGAACCCGGAUGUGGACGGACGGUGUCCCUCUCGACUCCCGCGUGUCUUUGAUACGUCCUGCCCGUAAGCGGAAGUGUCUGGGAUUCCGCUCUGCUCCUCCAAAAAUUGGGAGACGUCUGCAUUGAGUCGAACCCAGACCGACACCACCCUCCAUCUAGCGUCGCUGUGCAUCCUCUAUAUCAUCACAGGACAUGCACCGUCAGGUCUGCGCAAUCAACGUGAACACAGUGGAGGAUUAAGUUACUGCUGCUGGCGGGGGAUUAUUGUAUUGGCCUCCUCCUGUCACACCCGAGCCUUCUGUGAUCCUUUUGCCAAUUAGGAGAGGUCGAAAGCCAGACAUGUCUUUCCGGCGCGGUGUGGUCAGGCAGAGCAAGUUUCGCCACGUCUUUGCCCAGGCGUGGAAAGCCGAGCACUGCAUCGACGAUGUCAGAGUGUCCCGCGUGACGUGGGACACUGCCCUCUGUGCGGUCAACCCCAAAUUCAUCGCUGUUAUCAUCGAAGCCGGCGGAGGAGGGUCCUUCCUCGUUGUUCCGAUCAGCAAGAGCGGCAGAAUCGAUCAGGCGUCGCCCACGGUGUGCGGCCAUGCAGCACCGGUGCUGGACAUCCAGUGGUCUCCUCAUGACGACAACAUCAUUGCAAGUGCCUCAGAGGACUGCACAGUAAAGGUGUGGCAGAUCCCAGACGGGGGCCUGACGAGCCCAAUGACUGAGGCCAUUGUGAUCCUUGAGGGACACAGUAAACGAGUGGGAAUCCUGGCCUGGCACCCAACCGCUUUCAAUAUCCUCCUGACUGCAGGCUGCGAUAAUGUGAUUUGUGUGUGGAACGUGGGCACGGGGGAGCUUGUGUACCAGCUGAAUGAUGCCCACCCGGACCUUAUUUACAGUGUCGGCUGGAACAAGGACGGCAGUGCUAUCUGUACUGUCUGCAAGGACAAGGCUCUGCGUGUCAUCGACCCGCGACGGGGCACCGUCCUCAAGGUGAAAGAGAAAGUCCAUGAUGGCACCAGGCCAAUGAGAGCUGUGUUCCUCUCAGAUGGGAAGAUCCUCACCACAGGCUUCAGCCGAAUGAGUGAGAGACAGAUGGCAUUGUGGGAUACGAAGGAUCUCUCUGAGCCAAUGGCAGUACAGGAGAUGGAUACUAGUAAUGGGGUCCUUUUACCCUUUUAUGACCCUGAUACAAACAUGGUCUACCUGUGUGGAAAGGGGGACUGCACCAUCCGGUAUUUUGAAGUGACAGACGAAUCCCCGUAUGUUCACUUCCUCAGCUUGUACAGCAGCAAGGAGCCACAGAGAGGUGCAGGCUUUCUUAGUAAAAGAGGUGUCGAUGUCAACAAGUGUGAAAUUGCCAGGUUCUACAAACUGCAUGAAAGGAAAGUGGAACCCAUUUCUAUGACUGUUCCACGAAAGUCAGAUCUGUUUCAGGGAGACCUUUACCCGGACACAGCUGGCUCAGAGCCGGCCCUCCUGGCUGAUGAAUGGAUCGCCGGGCAGGAUGCACCGCCCCUGUUGGUCUCUCUGAGCGGUGGGUACUCAGCUCCUCCAUCCAAGCACAGAGACACCCUCAGAAGCAAACCCAAGCUUGUCUCGCAGGACUCUGGGACUGGGGCUGCACCGCCUUCAGCGGGCAAUGCACCAGCUCCCACAUCUACAUCUAGCUCUGCCGCCAAGGAGACGGAAGAAGAGGUGCAACAGCCACGAGUAGCCACAAGGGAGACAGAUGGAAUUACAGAGAGGCCGAAAAGAGAGGACGAAUUGUUGAACGAGCUGUUAGCAGAAAUGAAGGCCCUGCGUGCCGUCGUCCUCGCUCAGAGCCAGAGAAUAGAGUUACUGGAGAGGCAGCUGGCUCGAAUUGAGGACGGCGAUGUGUGAGCAAGGCAGAGAGCAACUACAUUCGGAGGGCAUACUUUCUAAAUCCACAGACCGUAGCCUUACUAGAGUCAACAGUACCUUAAGCUGUGUGAGAUGAAGAAUGUAGUGCAGGUUAGUGACUGUGGACCACAGGGGCUUAAAACCAGGUCAACUAUUGUGACGAAAACGAGACCACUCAUUUUUUCUGUGACUGUUUUCCACACUGUGGUUGAGAACGGGGUGUCAUCUACGUAGAGUGACAGUGAGAGAAUAUUUUGUUUCCAUAUGAAGGAGUAUUGUAGCAGCUAUUUGGUGGUACAUAUAGUGCAGCUUUGAGCUUUGCAACACCCCCACACUAAUAUUGAAGGGCUUUGAAGGUGUUAAAAUUCCACAAAUGCCUCAAGUAAAUGCACAAAGUAGUGAUAAAAUAAUGUCUUAAAAUAAUGAAGUUUGACAUACUAUAGCAAAGCAAAUGAGUACCUCCAGUAUGAUUUUCUUUCUCUAAAGCACUCACAAAUAUAAUCAUUAGGGCUAUUUAAUCAAGUAGUUAAAGCUGCUAAACUGUGAUGUCAUAUCAUGCCCCCAAUUGUUAUUCAUUGUGUGUGUUAAGCUUUGUUUUACUGCUUCAUUAUAGGACGCCAUGUGUAAGGUUAACCGUAGGACAAAAUAUUGUGGUACACUAAUCCUGACCUUGACAGUGAGAGUUAUGUAACUGAUAGCUGAUGAGAGUUUAGCCGAGUAGUUAUGUGUAUCGUGAUUCUGUGUCGUCUUUGCAGUCAAUGAAAAGGUAGCACUUGUGAUUUCUUUUUUUUUUUUUUUACAUCAUGUUAUCAAGCACGAGCUGCGGCUUUACGAAGGUUUCUGUAACGUCCCAAGGCAUGGUAUUUGUCUACAUAACCAUUAAGAGAUAUAAAUACACAGAAAUACUUGCCUCUGUCCUUCUUUUGACACACGUAGAAAGACUGCAGUAUAUUGUGUACCUAAAGUACCACGAUUUUGAGUUUAGUCGUCAGUUGUCUUCGAGCUGUAAGCUAAAAUGAGAGUUGUUCAGUGGACACAACCUAAGUUGUGCUUUAUACAAUUAAUACAAAUAUAACCUAACACAAGUAACAGUACAGACUUCCUAAAACACUCUAGAUUUAUUCAGAUCAGCAGUUCAAAGAGGAGGAAGUUACUGUGAAAUGAAAAGCAUAUUCUAUUGGUGUUAAAAGAUUGAAAGAUUUUUUUUAAAUUUCUUUUAAUUUACUUUGGUUUUGUGUUGUUUUUUUGGUUGCCAUUUUAGAGACAUUUUUCUGUUAAGUCUCCGUCAGUCGAUGAUCGUGUAACAAUGGUACAUUCCACAUCAAGCUUAUCCCUUUAUUGCUUACUUUAUAUUUCUUUAUGCACUGACCUCACAACACUAACUGUAAAACCAGUAGCAGAUUAAAUGAGACUACGUUGUGAAAACUUAAUAAACAUUCAUUCCUCCUUUGUAUUAAAAAGAUU